CCCAGUAUCCCCCUCUAUGGUCACGUGGUGAGUUGAGCUGGCUGAGCUGCGUUGGAGCCGUAAGAGCUGUUAUUGCUGUUCGUGCUAUACAGCGGAGACUGGGCUCAGCCCGGAGGAGAAGGAGGGGGAAGAGGAGGAGAAGGAGGAGAAGAUCAGCUCCCUGCGGUGACUCCACUUCACCCUAAACAUCCAUACAUGCAAUAGCUGCGCUCUCUGAGACGAAAAGAUGAUUUCGCCGUGGGACAGAUGGUACACGACGAGCUGCUGCCUCUGCUGCCAUGUCCGGACGGGCACCAUUAUCCUGGGCAUCUGGUACAUGCUCAUCAAUGCAGUAGUCCUGUUAAUCCUACUGUCUGCUCUAAAUGACCCGGUCCAGUACCACUACCACCUCACUAGUGCUGAACUUGGCACAGAUUUGGACGUCAUGGACGAUGCAAACAUGUGCAUCGCUGCUGCAAUUUCCCUACUGAUGAUCCUGAUCUGUGGGAUGGCAACCUAUGGUGCUUAUAAGCAACAUGCUGCUUGGAUCAUUCCAUUUUUCUGCUACCAAAUCUUUGACUUUGCUCUUAACACCCUGGUAGCAAUAAGUGUUGUGGUUUACCCGAACACCAUCCAGGACUAUCUUCAGCAACUGCCUGGGACCUUUCCAUACAAAGAGGACUUGAUGUCCACAAGCAACAUGUGCCUAGUAUUUGCAGUUCUGCUCUUCAUCGGCUGCAUCUUGGCCUUUAAGGCUUACCUGAUUGCCUGUGUGUGGAACUGCUACAGAUACGUUAGUGGAAGAGGCACCACAGAGGUCUUGGUUUAUGUCACCACAAAUGACACAACAGUGCUGCUUCCGCCCUAUGAAGAAGUUGUUGCCAUUCCCCCGAAGGAGCCACCUCCUCAGUACGUUUCAGCAUGAGACAGACAUUUUCCUCUGUCAGAGUCCCCUGCUCUCAUCCCUAAUCCCCUCCAAAGAAAGGAUUUCUCUAUCACUAUUGCCCAUUGCCCUUUACUUCUUACUCUGUGACUUUUUUUUUUUUCCUUCUUUGCUCCCUGAAGGCAGUAGUGUGACUUUGACAUGUCCUUUCCUCUGCAAGGCACAGCUGUCCUGGCAGCCUAAGUGCUGUGUGUCAGCUCCAAUUUGAUUUGCACUUCCAGUGAUUAUGCACAGCACUGACCUCCCUUUUUUAAUACUGUGAACUUCUCAGUACUGUUGCCGUCCACAGAAGUACCUGCAAAAUGCAAAGGCACAGAGUGCAAUAAAUGAGGGUUAUUUAAGAGCACUUUUCAAAUGGCUAUUACCCAGGAACCCACUGAAUGUAGAGACCAGGGUAUUUUCAUCUAACAUUGUAUUUGUAUUAACACUAAACUGUGAGAAGACUUUCAAGAAACCCAAUUUGUGGUUAAAACAUGUACCUAAACCUAUGAACUUAACCCAGAUCAAUCCUAAAUCAUGUCCUCUGAGAAAACCAGGUCUUUUAUACCAAUAGUAUCCCAUAUUUAAUGCAGCAGAACAGAUUUAAAUCUUUUGAUAACAUCAUAUUUAAAAUAAUGACCUUUUGGUGGAUUCAGACAAUACAAGAGUUCCAAAUACUGCAUGAUUUAGUUUGAAAGAUUAUGCACUACAGGAUAUAUCAGUGCAGUGUAAUUGAUGAAGGAUUCUGGCCAUUUUCAGAAGAUUAUGUUCAUUAUGCUUCAUACAUUUCUCUCUUUGUUUGAUUUAAUCUGAAUGAAGACUAUAGGAAUAAAAUUCCUAUAGUUUGCAGAUUACAUACAUAAAAUGCAAAAUUAUAUGAAAGCUAAAGCUUGCUAUUAAUCCUGUUAUUUCAGAUUUUUUGCCAUUCAUCAAGUGGCAGCAUGCCACGUUCCUUCGCACACCGUUCUUAUUAAUUCAUGUUGUACAUUCUGUGUUACGUCAGUCAUUGUAACAAUUGAAAAGUAGACAGUAGCACAGUACCAUAGUAUAGCUAUGACAUAGCCAUGUAGUGUGCUCAGGUAGUCUGACUAUGAGUGACAUGAAGUCUUUUGAAGUCUUCCCCAGCUUCAUUCUGCUUAACGUAUUCCAACACUUGCAGUGUUUUAUAUAAAGAGCUAUGCAAAACUAUGUUAAAGGAACCACUGUACUGUAUUUCAGUGCUAAGCUCUCUGGUAUUAAUGCCUUAACCUGAGACUGCAGACUGUCUUUCACUGCUUGGCUGUACACUGGUUGACAUUUCCCCCUGGUUGCCAUUUUCCAGGCCUGCUUUAAAGAACCUGGUGUAACUGUUCUUGAUUCCUGUAAAAUUGAUAAUUUCUCAGAGGUCAGUUCUGUAAAUUAUUACCUACAUUUCCAUCCAAAGAAUUUUUUUUUUUACGAAAACUGUCUUAAAGCUUCAAAACAUUUGUCAGUGAAUUUAUUAUUUCUUUCUUUUCUGUUGCACUUUACUAAACACAUGGUUUGUCAGUAUUUGAAAUGUUGCAAAACCUGCAAUGCAUUUACACAUAAAUUUAGUGUCAUGUGACAGAAUUCCCCUGCCUGCCUCUUACAACAAACACAAAUGGCAUAAAAUAAAAAUAAAAUGCAUUUCCUCAUCGGUAGGUUAUGAAGAAAGUCAGUAAAGUCAUGUAAAACAUUUCAAACACAAAACACUUUUUUUAAACAAUAAACCAAAAAAUAUAGGCAAGAAAUAACAUCAUUACACCAAGUUUUUAUCGCUAAAAAUCAGUAUGAUGGGCAUCAAAAUUCACCUUUGUUUUUACACAUAAUAUUUUUUAGGAGGUCAAUCGAGACAUACCUAAUGGUCAGUUGAAAACCUAAAACACAACCAAAUAACAAAAGAGAUGGGAAAAAAAGUAUCUGUAGAAUGGCAACUUCAUAGGAGAAAGCAAAGACUUCAUUUUCAGUAUAGGUUCGUAUGAAUUAAAUGAAUCCAAAUUAAUUUUGGAGCAUUUCUAUUGAUCCAUUCAUCAUGACAUUUUGACAAAAUAUAAAGGACAGCUGCUGUACUCAAAUGACAAAUAAUGUUUGGACAGCAACAAACUAUGCCCUUUGUUUUUGACAAGUUUGAAACAACAAAUCAAGUAAAGCAGUGAAAGAAUGUCUGUUCACUCCAGUUAAGUAAAAGAUACAAAUGAGCUUGGGGUGAAAUAUAGUAAAAUACUGCUUCAUGUACCAUGCAUCUACAAUCUACAGUAGCCAGAUACUUGCUGUUUGUUCCUAUGAAACAGAUAGAUGGGUAGAUUUAAUCAUUUUUGUUAGCUUUGUAGCUACUCUUCAAAUCUGACAGCAUAGCCUGAUCCAACAAAUCAUCUUAAAUCUGUUAGGGUAUAAUAAUAAGUUGACUUGGGAAAAAGCUGAACUAUGGUUUAUCCUGUCACACAGUGCAGCUUCCAAAACAUACAAUUUAUUACUGAUUUUUACUGUUGAUAUUGUAUGUAGUCUGUAACAAAGGUUAUUCAGUCAGACUUGUGAUAUUCCAUUGGCUGUAAUAAUGUUUGUACUGAACAUGCAUCAAAAGUAACCGAUUGACAUACUGUAAUGUGUUUAGUGUAGCGUGAAUGCACAUGUAAGCUAGAGCAGUACUUAUGAGUAGAGAGAAUGAGUGCGUGAUUUGUCCCAUUAUGUAUUCUGUUGUUGGGUCUGUUUAUGAUGUCUGUUUAUGUCUCAUUUUUAAACCAUAAAGUAUUCUGAUGCUGUAUAAUCA